AUCACGAUAACAGUACUUGUUUUUGCUGUUUCGUGGACAGAUCCGUGAGAUUUUACCAUAAGGCCAGUCCACCAUGGCUCCGACUCACGGCUCCCGCGAUUCAAAGCAAGCGAAACGACCCGAACGGACCGGUAACUUGAAGCGCAAGCGUGCCCAAGAAGAUCUGUCGACUCUCACUCAGCGAGUGGAAGAGCUCGAUGUUAAGGACACUAUCAAAACGUUCACCGACCUGCCUCUGUCCGAACCGACCGCCUCCGGACUUGCUUCCUCUCACUACAAGACCCUGACCGAUAUCCAGUCCCGCGCGAUCAGUCAUGCGCUCAAGGGCCGUGAUGUUCUAGGCGCCGCAAAGACGGGGAGCGGCAAGACUCUGGCUUUCCUGGUCCCUAUCCUCGAGAACCUCUAUCGCAAACAAUGGUCGGAGCAAGAUGGCCUGGGUGCGCUCGUCCUUUCACCGACACGUGAACUCGCGAUCCAGAUCUUUGAAGUCCUGCGCAAAGUGGGUCGCUACCAUCAGUUCUCUGCGGGUUUGGUCAUCGGUGGAAAGAGUCUGCGCGAGGAACAGGAAAGACUGGGACGGAUGAACAUCUUGGUCUGUACGCCUGGUCGGAUGUUGCAGCACUUGGAUCAGACGGCUCUGUUCGAUACGUACAACCUGCAGAUGCUCGUAUUGGAUGAGGCGGAUCGCAUCCUUGAUAUGGGAUUCCAGAAAACCGUGGACGCUAUCAUUGGUCAUCUCCCGAAGGAGCGCCAGACGCUGCUAUUCAGUGCCACUCAGACAAAGAAGGUUUCCGACCUGGCUCGGUUGAGUCUGCAGGACCCCGAGUACGUGGCUGUCCACGAGGCUGCCUCGUCCGCAACACCUUCGAAGCUCCAGCAGCACUAUGUCGUCACUCCCCUUGCGCAGAAGCUUGAUGUCCUGUGGAGUUUCAUUCGCAGUAACCUGAAGACUAAGACCAUUGUCUUCCUGUCGUCAGGUAAGCAGGUGCGCUUCGUUUACGAAACUUUCCGCCAUAUGCAACCCGGUAUCCCGUUGAUGCACCUUCACGGCCGCCAAAAGCAGGGAGGUCGACUAGAUAUCACGACACGGUUCUCGUCGGCACAACAUGCGGUUCUUUUCGCCACUGAUGUGGCAGCGCGUGGUUUGGAUUUCCCCGCUGUCGAUUGGGUCAUUCAGCUGGAUUGCCCCGAGGAUGCUGAUACCUAUAUCCACCGUGUGGGCCGUACGGCACGGUACGAGCGCGACGGUCGCGCAGUACUUUUCCUGGAUCCCAGCGAGGAGAAGGGAAUGCUGAAGCGUCUUGAGCAGAAGAAGGUUCAAGUCGAACGGAUCAAUGUCAAGGCAAACAAGCAGCAGAGUAUCAAGGACCAAUUGCAGAAUAUGUGUUUCAAGGAUCCUGAGUUGAAGUACCUGGGCCAGAAAGCCUUCAUCUCGUACGUCAAAUCUAUCUACGUUCAGAAGGACAAGGAGACGUUCGACGUCAAGAACCUGAAGCUGGAGGAGUUUGCGGCUAGUCUGGGUCUUCCUGGUGCCCCUCGCAUCAAGUUCAUCAAGGGAGAGGAUACGAAAGAACGCAAGAACGCCCCCCGUCUGGCAGCUUACGCGUCCAGCGACGAGGAGUCGGAUGAAGAUGGCGAGAAGAAGAAGACCAAGAAGGAGGAGCCACAAGUACGGACCAAGUACGACCGUAUGUUCGAGCGACGGAACCAGGAUGUGUUGGCCGACCACUACUCGAAACUCAUUAAUGACGACGGUACGAUGGUUGAGCCGAACACCGCCACACAAGACGCCGACGAGGAUGAUGACUUCUUGUCCGUCAAACGCCGCUUCGAAGCGGGAGACGAGGAUCUGGGUGCCGGAUCCAGCUCCGACAAGGAUGAGGACAAGGAGGGAGCCGAGAAGAAGCCGACCAAGGUGGUACAGCUCGAUGGCAAGUCAACCCUGGUCAUUGACUCCAAGCGCCGGGAGAAGCUUCUCAAGUCGAAGAAGAAGCUGCUCAAGUUCAAGGGCAUGGGUACGAAACUCGUCUACGACGACGAGGGCAACGCCCACGAGCUGUACGAGAUGGAAGACGAAGAGGAUUUCAAGGCCAAGGGAGAUGCCAAGGAGCAACAAGCCCGUUUCUUGGCAGAGGAGGCCGAACGCACACGGCGGGCGGACGUGGAGGACAAGGAGGUCGUCAAGCAGAAGAAGCGCGAGAAGAAGGAGAAGCGCAAGGCUCGCGAGCGCGAGUUGCUGGCUGGAGAGGAGGAGGAGAAAGAGGGAGGGGAGCGGGUGGCCCAACUUGCCCCGUACAAGGAGGACGACCGCGAUAUGGACGGCGGGUUCUCUGCAUCCGAGGCAGAAGAAGAGGCACCCCGUCCCAAGAAGUGGUUCAUGGACGACAGCGACGACGAGCCCAAGUCCAAGAAGGCCAAGAAGACUCAGAAGGAGCCCGAACAAAUCCAGACCUUGGAGGAUCUGGAAUCGCUGGCUGCAGGCUUGUUGGGGUAAUCUGUUUUUAUUCUAUGACUGUCUUGUGCAUUGGGCAUAUAUCCUUUUGUCUGAUUUAUUUUUACUUGUUACAUAGCGGAGAAUCCCAAAAGCAUCGUUAAUUUUGAC